GACAGGAAACUCGACCGCCAGUCUUUUGUGGUGCGUCUGUAAUCAAUCACAUCUUACGGGAAACCCACUGGAUGUUAUAAUUCGUGGAUUUAACGCGAUUCCUUACACUUACAUCUUUCUAAAGAUUACCAGACAAUAUGCCUCCUCAAGGGCAAACUGGUGGAUCAUGGGUCCUGUAUGAGACAGACGCUGUGAACACGGACACAGAUGCGCCAGUCAUCGUGCCACCAUCAGCCGAGAAGAGAGAGUGGAAGAUAGUAUGGAGAAACGUCAUCCUCAUGGGCAUGUUGCAUAUAGGAGGAGUAUAUGGUGCUUACCUGUUCCUCACGAAAGCAAUGUGGCUCACGGAUCUAUUCGCGUUCUUCUUGUAUUUAUGUUCGGGCCUUGGCAUCACCGCCGGAGCACACAGACUCUGGGCCCACAAGUCUUACAAAGCGCGCUUGCCUCUCAGACUUUUGCUCACACUCUUCAACACAUUGGCCUUCCAAGACGCAGUAAUUGACUGGGCCCGAGACCAUCGUAUGCAUCACAAGUACUCCGAAACUGAUGCUGACCCCCACAACGCGACCCGAGGAUUCUUCUUCUCCCACGUCGGUUGGUUGCUGGUCAGGAAACACCCGCAGAUCAAGGCCAAAGGUCACACCAUCGACCUCAGUGACCUUAAGAGUGACCCCAUUCUUCGUUUCCAGAAGAAGUACUACUUGACACUGAUGCCCCUGAUCUGCUUCAUCUUACCGAGCUACAUUCCAACCCUGUGGGGUGAAUCUGCGUUCAACGCGUUCUUCGUAUGCUCGAUAUUCCGCUACGUAUACGUACUCAACGUCACUUGGCUUGUGAACUCCGCCGCCCACCUGUGGGGCAGCAAGCCUUACGACAAGAACAUCAACCCCGUGGAAACCAGACCCGUAUCACUCGUAGUACUCGGUGAAGGAUUCCACAACUACCAUCACACUUUCCCUUGGGACUACAAAACUGCAGAACUCGGCGACUACUCCCUUAACUUCACCAAAAUGUUCAUUGAUUUCAUGGCCAGUAUCGGAUGGGCAUAUGACCUAAAGACAGUCUCGACUGACGUCAUCCAGAAGCGCGUGAAGAGGACCGGCGACGGUAGCCACGCUGUAUGGGGCUGGGACGAUCACGAGGUUCAUCAAGAGGACAAGAAGUUAGCUGCUAUAAUCAACCCAGAAAAGACUGAAUAACCAAAUUAGUCCAUAACACAAUUCCAUUAGUUUUUAGAUCGACGGGUGUAUGCGUAUUAUACCAAUGUGAGGGAAAUGUGAUACCAGUUAUAUUUUAUUUAUUUCUUAAUUAUUUAAUUUGACAUAAUAAUGGUUUAUCAAGACUUUUAGAAUUAAUUAUUAGAUUUUUAACAAAACAAUGCCCAUCUGUUUUCAUUCGACAGAAAAUAAAAAUAGAUUUUGUUAAA